CUCUUCCACCUCUUCGCCGCAGUGGAGAACGCCGAUGAGGGCGCAAAGUUGGAGCAUGGUGUGGUCAUCCUGCGCCAAUGCUGGGAACUCGCCACGUGCCUGGGUAUGUCUGGAUGGUUUCGCAUUUAUCAUGUCAUCAUGUCUGUUGCCAUAGAUCGCCGCUACAAUUAG